GUGGGAUCAAAUUAAUGCAACCUUGAGUGAUACUUCUCUUCCGAAGGUGAAAAUUUUUGAACAAUAUUUUGAUGGAAAAACAAUGAUUCAGUUAUUAUCAAUGACUCAAGAGCAUUUUGAAGAGUUUUUAGGCAAAGAAGACACUCCUUCUUUUGCAAAGAAUAUCCUCAGAUCUUGUAUUUUGGAAGUGUUUUACCAGACUCAACGACACCAUGAACAUAUAAAUUCCAACCUUGACUCUAACUUCUUCAUUCUAUUCUUUAAUGUUAUUGAAGAUUUUCAACUUCAGAAAGAUUUUCUUAAAUAUAUGAAACUGUUCAAAACUAAAUCCAAGCUAAUAGAAAAUUAUAGUUAUCCUAAACUUAUUAUAUCAAAAUUUAUUGAAUACCAAAAUCUGGAAGAGCUAAAAUACGCUCUACAGAAACCUCAGAAAUUUUAUGAUGAAACUUCUUUGAAUUUUCAUAUUCCCAAUAUCCUCACAAUUUAUAAAAACCUCUGAGCAGUGAAAUGUCAAGUGAACUCUCAACUCUAUGAGCAGGCUUACAAACAGAUAGAUAAAUCUGAUUUCUACGAGUACCGAAACGAUCUAGAUUGUGAAAAUUUUACGCAUAAAAUGACUAAUAAGCCCUUCAAAUGCGCUCAUUCUAGAACUUGUAAGAAUUCUCCCUUCUAUUUUCUCCCAGAAUGUGACAAAACCUUAUGACUGACACACAGAUUAGAAAGGGCAUAUGACCAGUAUUCUAAAUUUGAGCCCUUGCACAGAUGCUCAUUCAUCGGGAUGGCUUAUUUAGUCGAAAAUCUCCAACAGUAUUACUUUGGGUUGUAUUCCACCCAUUUCAGUAACGCUAAAAAGCAGACCAAACAGGAAGCUGUUCUUGGAAUAAAACAAGCCUGAUAUGGCCUCAGCUUCAUACUGAGAGAGAUCAUUUGCAAGUGAUAUUGACAUAGCUUGGAUUUGAGGACAAGAAUAGGAGAAUUAAACACUACUGAUAAAAUAGUAAACAUCUUGAUGAGCUUGCUAGAAAAGAAUGAAAUAUAACUAUUAUCGGAGAAUUACUAAUGACCAAAGGUUUUGAUCACUUUGA